AUGACCGAAGAACAAAUUCAAGCCAUGUUUGAGCAAUUUGAUACCGAACACACUGGUUAUGUAGAAAUCGAAAAGUACGCCAACUUCAUGAAAAGUUGUGCAAACAGUGAAGAAGAUGAAGAAGAUGAAGAAGAUGUUGUUAACAUUGUCUUGUUCGUUGUAUAUUGUACAGAUACCAAAGACAACGGAAAGAUGGACCAUGACCAGCUCAAAGAGUUCUUUGAAACAGUUGAAUUGAUGAAACAGGAUAAAUCCAAAGAGUUUGCAACUAUCUUGUUUGGAUGGCUUGAUCAAAACAAAGACGGGUAUCUUGAAGGUCGAGAAAUCACCAGACUGCAAGGUUUUUACACCAAAUCAACUCCAAAAGAAGGUGAAAAGGAUGUUCUCAAAUUAAUGGACAGUGAUAAGGAUGGCAAAAUCUCAAAGGAUGAGUUUGUCACUUACUUUGUGAAAAUCCUUGAAGCUUAA